AUGUACAACAACAAGAAUGUUCCAGUAAAGCCAAUCGACAGCUGGUCAAGAGGAAUUCGCCGUCGUCUUCUGGUGGAACCGACCAAAUCUUCCAGUAAAGCCAAUCGACAGCUGGUCAAGAGGAAUUCGCCGUCGUCUUCUGGUGGAACCGACCUCCGAAUCUCUUCACCCAACACUUCCACUCGAAAUGGAAUAAAGCCAAUCGACAGCUGGUCAAGAGGAAUUCGCCGUCGUCUUCUGGUGGAACCGACCUUCGAAUCCUCGCGUCAGCAUGAAUCUUCCAGUAAAACCAAUCGACAGCUGGUCAAGAGGAAUCCGCCGUCGUCUUCUGGUGGAACCGACCUUCGAAUCUCCUCCCCCAACACUUCUACUCUAAAUGGAAGUAAUCCCAACAAUUAUGAAACAAGAGAUUCCUCGAAACCCAACUUUUCUUCGUACAAAGUAAUUAGGACAGCAAAAAGGAACGUGUGUUUUUGGCCAUCAAGGUUUGAUGACCCCUAUCUCGCCCAUUCUUCAUUUAAGUUAAAACCAUCACUCCGAUUGCGCAAGGUCGGACACACGACUGGUUUUGUUGAUGAGUCUAUAUUUUGUUUUUGGUCUCAAAGCGAGAGAGAAAAAGUGAGCUAA